AUGGACUCCAAUAUAUCACCAGACAACACGUGGGAUUUCGAUCUGAUUAUCAGCCAUGAGAUUUGGGGAAGUGAACUCCUCGCUGACCGGGACCCUAACUUCGGCUAUUUCCACGAAGGACCCGAAGCUACAGCAGUCAUACCCCAACAUGGAAGCGGACUCCAACCCGUUGACAUUUGGCCAGCCUUCGAUGUAUCCGUCGCGACGGCUCUUGAUGUCACCUCUGGAGCAUCUGAAGCUUUGGAGGCAACAACAGUGGCAGACUCGCAGAUCGUAGCUAUCGAAAUCAACCCUGCAACCCCAAAGACACCACUAAUGGCGAUCUCGCAACUCACCUCUCUCGACAUCACCCCUGCAACUCCGAAGUCACCGCUGAUGACCAUCUCGUGGGUCGCGGCUGUUGACAUUAGCCCUACAACUCCAAAGGCACCACUGAUGGCGAUCUCGCAACUCACCUCUCUCGACAUCACCCCUGCAACUCCGAAGUCACCGCUGAUGACCAUCUCGUGGGUCGCGGCUGUUGACAUUAGCCCUACAACUCCAAAGGCACCACUGAUGGCGAUCUCGCAACUCACCUCUCUCGACAUCACCCCUGCAACUCCGAAGUCACCGCUGAUGACCAUCUCAUGCGUCAACACUCUCUUUGACUAUGAGCCGUGUGGGGAUGGCGAAGCCGUUGAAAGUUGCUCCAAGCGUCAGGGCCCGACGGUCGAUGUUUUCCAUACCAAGACUUCAAUUAUCACGGAUAUAAAUCAUGGUUUGCCCAUCAUUAUCGAUGACACAGACGAUGAGACUACAGAACCAGAAGGAAAGCCGGGAACCAAGAGCCUAGUCUACACUGCUCAGGGUAGCGAUUCCUCAUCUUGCAGACGCAACUUCCGUAAGAGGCCCAGAGCCGUGCAAGAAGGGGAGAUCCACUGGGCGCAGCCGGAGUACAAAAAGAAGCUCUUACAUGAUCUAAGAUCAGCGUUCUAUCAACAUGAGUCUCUCUGGAUCCAAGUGCGAGAGCUUCCAGAGGCAAUCGGAGAUGCCAAAGUCAAGGAGCAUGACGCCUUAGUGCAGGGCUUCGGGAAGACUUGCCGAGACUGUGAAGCAGUAUCGAUCGAAGACACGUGCAUGCUACGCGAAUCUUAUAUCGAUCUCAUGAACCAUCUUCUUACAGUUAUGAGUCGUGCCAAAGACAUGGGUAUGAUCAAGAAACUUGGAAAAUAUGUAGAUGAUAUUCGGGAGCAUGCGAUGAUCGUUUCAAGUAUUUACGAGUACCAAGCAGGCGAAGACGACUCACGCGAUGGAACUUAUCGCCCUUCAAAGAAGCGGCGGUCCGGGCAUAGUGGAGACAGAUGUUAUUUUUGA